AACAAAUCGGUUUCAGCCCGACCGGCCGCGGCUGUUGUUUAGUUUGUGUUGUUCUUUUUUUUGCCAGUGAAAACGAAACUGAAAUCGAAUCCGAAUCCCAAUGCUCAAGUGUUAUUUGUCGGAUGUUGCCUUGGCGACCGAUGUGGAAAUAUAAUGCCUUUAAAAGUGUUUCCUAUACGAAUUCUUGAAACCUUAUCGCUUCCUCUGCGAGCUAAGCCCAGUUUCUGUCCUGGUCCCAAUCCCUCCUGGGACAUUGCAUGUUGAUUAGCUUUUUCCGAAUGCGGAUGAUGUGGGGGAGCGGAGAGACGAAUACCACAUUUAUCCCUCAUCUUUAGCCUCGCUUUGGGCAAGCGGCAAGCCAACAAGCCUUUAAUGGAUCACAUAUCCUAGUGAAAAUAUCCACACGCAAUACGAUUAUUUUCGAAAGCAUUGAAUGCAAUAUGCAAUCGAAAAACUGAAUGACAGCAGCAAUAAAUUAAUCAAUUGAUUUCAAUCAAAACCAAUCUCACAAAAGGAGAGUGAGAGAAACUGAAACCGAUAUCGAAAUGCGCCCGGUCUAUGACUUGUGGCUGAUGAACGCCUUUGAUUCCAGCAUGGUGCUACAGAAUCACAACACAGUCGUGGCCCGUUCUACACUUACGCCGAAUGGCAGCAGCCAUAACUUUGGCUCCUACUCAGGAAUGGGCCGGGCCCCGCUGAGCGCGGGACAUGGCACACAGCGUCCGAUAGUUGAUCUAUUGGUGGCCAUGGUGGCAGUGCCCGUCCUGAUUCUCUGCGCGCUGCAGCUGGAGAAGAAUCUGCGCGACAACAGCGUGGAGUCGCGCUGGCUGGUCUUUGCGCUGGGCAUUGGAAUGCUGGUGAUCAGCGUGAUCAUCUGCGGCUAUGUCACGCACCGCAUGGGCGUCUGCAUCUGGGCAGGGCCCUUAGACGAGGCCGGCAAUCGAGCCCCCAACGGAGCAAUGUCGCACAUCAAUUCACAAAACGAUGUGCUUCGCAUUGUAGACACUCUGCCCCCCAGCUAUGAGAGCGUGUUGAAAUUCGAGCUGCCACCACCGUCCUACGACUGCCUGGUGAUCGAUCUUGAUGUGGAACAGAGCAAGGAUAUGGAAACGCCACAGACAUCGUCCAAGUCGAGUGCCAGCCGCUCGACAUCCUCGACGGAAGCCAUUCUACACAUCUAGGCCGGAGGAAGCAGAGGAAGGAGCCAACCUUUGCGGAGGAGGAGAGAGAAUUACGAGAUUUUCCCCAACAGGCAGCGCAACGGAUAACUAUAUUUGACCGAUUUUUACCCACGGACCCACGAAACACACCACACCCAAACGUGCGAUACAUAAAGUGCGACUUUACUAUAUGUAAAUGCAUACAUACAUAUGUACAUGUUAUGUACAUAUGUUAUGAAGAUGCAUCUGUAUAUCUCUAUCGGCUGGCUUACUUAUGGCCUUACUUAUAGCAUUGAGGCCUUGUAUUUACUUCGGAUCUAAGUACCUAGUAUUUUUUUUUAUAGAGCAUUCGAUGCAUUAAGCAAUUUUUCAUCUUUUGAUCGUCUUGUACAUAAAUACAUACAUACAUAUAUUCCUCAAGCCCCACAACCGCAGCAUCUAGUCCAAAGUUGUGCAUACAUACAUAUGUAUGUACAUAUGUACAUUUAUACCUGAUGUACAUACAAUAUGUAUACGUGUAUGCCAUUACCUACUGAAUGCCAAGGAAGGGCUGGAAUCAAAUAACCCAAAUUAGUUGCCUAGUACUUAUUUAUAGUCCAUAGCUAAAUACUGUAUAUAUUAUUGCGUAAGCUAAGAUUAUAACAUCGCUACAGCAGUAGCGAUUAUAAAGAAAACAAUAAGCCUCCUAA